AUGGAUCCCUACACACAGGAUGACACUGCUAGAAGCAUUGAUUCUCUGCUGGACAUUCUCAAGCUUCCGUUUGGUAGUCUUGAGCUUCAGGAUACAGACAGCAUCGGCCCGGGCCCAAAUAGUUUGGUUUCGCAAGCCGAACUGGCACACUACACCGGCAAUGAUCAUCCGCCAUUAGAUCCGCAUACCGACUUUCUACCCAUCACUAAAUAUACGUUGCCUGAACACCAACAGCCAAGCAAUAUGCUACUCCACACACCCUCAAUAUCUGAUAAUGCAGGAUACACAUUUCCAAUCAAAUCAUCUACUCUUUACAAUGUAGCGUUCAGUUCUGUCUCAGAUUUAAGAGAUGGACAGUCAAAGCCAGUACAAUAUGGUACGGCCAUUGACUGGACCAAUACCAACCAGUUGCUUGAUGACGUUGCCGACCUUGGACAUCUCUCUUCUUUCACAAGCAGCCAUUUGAAUGAUACUGCAAGUCUUUCAAAUAGUCUGUGUGAUUUAUCUAAGAUUGGGCUAUCCGCGAGUGACCUAUCUAAGGGUAGUAUCUCUGCACCUCUAUAUGACUUCGAAAACGUUAGCUACCUAGCCGAUUUUGAUUACAGCAGCUUUGAACAAGGACCUUUUACCAGUACAAAUCAAACCAUUUUCAGUAGAUCCUAUGACAGCUUUAGUACUGUUCCCACAAGCACACAUGAAACUCGAUCAAAAUCUAUCAAAGCGAACCGCCCGACGCCGAGACUAUUAACAUCAAACUUACUGGAUGAAUUCUCGGCACGGAGUAGGAAUAGGGCUAACAGUCUCGGACCAAAAAGAGGGAUAAAAAGUACCGCUGCUGGGCCAACACACGCGACCAAAAGGAAGGACUACACCGACGUGCAUGAGAACUCUGUAAGUGCCCGUUUCAUGAUCGCAAAAAAAACUAAGCAGCGCAGAGACCACCUUCAGAGUUUUAAAGACUUGCAAACCGCUGCGAGCGUUAUACUACAGAACGGAGCGCUGUGGGGCGAGCUAUAUACUCAGACGAACGAGAUGAUCACUUCAUCACGUGGACGGCAGAUGUUUCCAGUAAUUAAGUUGGAAGUGGAGGGAUUGAAAUCAAACGCUUUGUACACGUGUCGGCUGUACUUUUUCUGCGAAGAUAGCACAAAUACUACCUGGCGCUGGUGUAGGGUUAAUCACUGUUGGACAAGACGGUCCAAAGGACGUGAGAGUUUUCUCGAGUCAAACAUUCGGCAACCGGGUUGUGGUGAGGAUGCUGCAUAUACACACCCUGAAGGGGCCAAAACGGGGAAGUCCUGGUGUAGCAAGCUUAUCUCAUUCGACAAGUUGAGGAUAUGCAAUCGACCGUGCAGUGGAGACAGCAAGCUACAGCUGAGCUCAUUUCACAAGUACACACCGAUAGUCUAUUUUGAGAUGGUGGACGAGUCGAGCGAUAAAACUGGCAUAAAUGCGAACACGGUUCCAAACAGUAGAGUGGAAUUACGAUUUCCCCUUCCGAUGUGUAGUUUCGUGACCGCAACAACAUAUCACAACAAAGAGGUCGCAAAGUUAAAAAUCUUAGCGAAUCCUAUGGCUAAGUCGCAGGUAAAGAAAUAUGAAAGUGACAAUUUCGAUUAACUGAUCUGCGUCAGUGGUCCAUUGAAUUGUGUUGUUUAACGAUACUUGUCCCUGUAGAGUACGGGAGAUCAGGUAAACUGUGGGAUACUCAAGGCACCCACAACGAACGGCGUGGAUUAAAACACGUUAACACGAUGCCGACCAGAAAUAGAGGAGCACGACUUGAGAAGCGAUUCUAAUAUCGUCUGCUGCCUCCGCCUUGGCGUAAAUAAGUACAAUUGCACAGGAAUGUAACUGCGCAUAUACAAGUCAAAUGAAGCAUAAAUCUUAUGCAGUACACAGGAUCGAGUAAGAACUAAGCAGAACAGCUUCGUCAAAGUUUGUACCCACCACUUGAGAGAAGGAACCGCC